CCCGCCGCCUCUGCCUCCCAGGCUGCCCUCCGCUGCAGGGCCACCAUGCUUCUGCCAAGGCCUGGAGACUGAGCCCUAAGCCGUCACCAUCUCGAGGCCCUGUCCUCCCCGGCCGGACCCCAGGGUAAGGAUCAGGGCCCUCAGCCUCACAGCUGCAGUCCUGAGGACAUGGGUUCCCUUACCCGCCGCCGCCCCACUUCCCAGUACAGGGGCUCCCAGAAUGGACUGUCUGGCUUCUCCCUGAGGGCCUAGGAGUUUCAUCCUGCUCUCCCUUCAGAGUCAGAGUAUGGACCCAGGAGUCCAGGCCCCAGAUCUGUCUUCCCUCUUGCCAAGGAGUCAUAGCCCCCGAAUUCCUCCUUCUCCAGGCCCUCAGCCCUCUCUUCCCUCAGACCCAGGAGCUCCAAUCCUCAACCUCCUCCUCCUCCUCCUCAGGCUCAGACCUGCAAACCCAGGUGUCCCCCUGGUGCUGACAGACACUGACCCCAUCCUUGAACCCAGCCUGGUCUGCACCCGUGAUCAUGGCAUGCUCUGGCCAGGGCCCAGUCCCUCCAGCCUCCCUGGAUGGGUGCCUGGGACUGGGGGCGCAGGUCGGGGCUGGGCUGGGCUCCCCCGGUCCUGCCUCCUUGUUCAUCUCCCCACAGGUCCCGCCCCGGCCUAGGAGGUCAGCCGGGGAAUCAUUAACGAGAAAGUGACAUGGCUGAGAAGGAGGGUGGCCGGAUUGUGCCGUGCUCCAGACCCAAGGUGGCAGCUCUCACUGUGGGGACCCUGCUACUCCUGACAGGCAUCGGGGCGGCAUCCUGGGCCAUUGUGACCGUCCUAUUCAGGAGUGACCAAGAGCCGCUGUACCCGGUGCAGGUCAGCCCUGUGGACGCGCGGCUCAUGGUGUUUGACAAGACAGAGGAGACGUGGCGGCUGCUGUGCUCCUCACGCUCCAACGCCAGGGUGGCAGGUCUCAGCUGCGAGGAGAUGGGCUUCCUCAGGGCCGUGGCCCACUCAGAGCUGGACGUGUGGACAGCAGGCACCAAUGGCACAUCGGGCUUCUACUGUGUGGACGAGGGCAGGUUGCCCCAGGCCCGGAGGCUGCUUGAGGUCAUCUCUGUGUGCGACUGUCCCAGAGGUCGAUUUUUGGCUACCGUCUGCCAAGACUGUGGCCGCAGGAAGCUACCCGUAGACCGAAUCGUGGGAGGCCAGGACACCAGCUUGGGCAGGUGGCCGUGGCAAGUCAGCCUGCGCUACGAUGGAGCCCACCUGUGUGGAGGGUCCCUGCUCUCGGGGGACUGGGUGUUGACGGCUGCCCACUGCUUCCCGGAGCGGAACCGCAUCCUAUCCCGCUGGCGAGUGUUUGCCGGAGCUGUGGCCCAGGCCUCGCCCCAGGGUAUGCAGCUAGGGGUGCAGGCUGUGGUCUACCAUGGAGGCUAUCUUCCCUUCCGGGACCCCACCAGCGAGGAGAACAGCAACGAUAUUGCCCUGGUCCACCUCUCCAACCCUCUGCCCCUCACGGAGUACAUUCAGCCCGUGUGCCUCCCGGCGGCCGGCCAGGCCCUGGUGGAUGGCAAGAUCUGUACAGUGACCGGCUGGGGCAACACGCAGUACUAUGGCCAGCAGGCUGCCGUGCUCCAGGAGGCCCGAGUCCCCAUCAUCAGCAACAACGUCUGUAAUAGCCCCGACUUCUAUGGGAACCAGAUCAAGCCCAAGAUGUUCUGCGCCGGCUACCCUGAAGGUGGGGUCGACGCCUGCCAGGGCGACAGUGGUGGUCCCUUUGUGUGUGAGGACAGCAUCUCUCGGACGUCACGUUGGCGGCUCUGCGGCAUUGUGAGCUGGGGCACUGGCUGUGCCUUGGCCCAGAAGCCGGGUGUCUACACCAAAGUCAGUGACUUCCGGGAGUGGAUCUUCCAAGCCAUAAAGACUCACUCCGAAGCCAGCGGCAUGGUGACUCAGCUCUGACCUGUGGCGUUUCCUUGCUGCACCUGCCCCCAGGGCUGGAGUUGAUCUAGGUGGCUCCAUCCUCACAUGGUAGGCUCCAUGCUGGGCCUAGGAUGGGACAUUUUUCUUCUUGGGCC